CUUUAACCGUGAGAAGUAUAAAUAAAGCAUAAAGAAAUGCGCGGGAAAUACGUAGUCUUCGUCCCAGAGAGAAGGGUUUUCCCAUUAUCAUAUUCAGGCAUAGCUCCUCCAUUCAAGUUAUGAACGGAACCGGAGGUGAUAGCCGGUGGCGUGAACGGAGAGACACCAGAAUUUCGAAAAAACAGAAGCUCAUACUGAACGCCGAGGAGCUACUUGAGUCCAAACUUGGAUUUGAUCUCUUCACCGUAGGGGAUAAGAGACUAGGAUGGCUUCUCACUUUCGCCUCAUCGUCUUGGGAGGAUCAAGAGACUCAUAAAGUGUACAGUUGUGUAGAUCUAUACUUUGUCUGUCAGGAUGGUUCGACUUUUAAAGCCAAGUACAAAUUCCGGCCAUAUUUUUAUGUUGCCACGAAGAGUAAAAUGGAAAUGGAAGUCGAAGCAUAUUUGAGAAGGCGGUAUGAGACUCAAAUUGCUGAUAUUGAAAUUAGAGAAAAAGAGGAUCUUGAUCUAAAAAACCAUCUGUCUGGCUUACAGAAAUCUUAUUUGAAGAUAUCUUUUGAUACUGUUCAACAAUUGAUGCAAGUGAAAAGUGACCUGAUGCAUAUAGUUGAAAGGAACCAAACAAAGUUUGAUGCUAUAGAAGCAUACGAGUCCAUUUUGACAGGAAAAAGUAAACAUGGAAUUCAAGAUUACAUUGAUUGUAUAACUGAGCUCCGUGAAUAUGAUGUACCUUAUCAUGUUCGCUUUGCCAUUGACAACGAUCUAAGAUGUGGGCAGUGGUAUGACGUCAGUGUACACAGUUCUAGGGUUGUGUUAGAAAGGAGGGCGGAUCUCUUGCAACGUGCUGAAGUUCAUGUCUGUGCAUUUGAUAUUGAAACAACGAAGCUUCCUUUGAAAUUCCCUGAUGCUGAAUAUGACUCAGUAAUGAUGAUUUCUUACAUGGUUGAUGGACAGGGAUAUCUUAUUAUUAAUAGAGAGUGUGUUGGGGAAGAUAUUGAGGAUCUAGAGUAUACCCCUAAACCAGAAUAUGAAGGGUUCUUUAAAGUUAAAAAUGUGAAAGAUGAGCAAGAGCUUCUCAAAACCUGGUUCUGCCAUAUGCAAGUUAUGAAGCCUGGUAUAUAUGUCACAUACAAUGGUGACUUCUUUGAUUGGCCAUUCCUAGAAACAAGGGCGGCUCAUCAUGGAUUUAAUAUGAAAAAUGAGCUUGGAUUUCAAUGUGACACUAAUCAAGGGGAAUGCCGUGCUAAAUUUGCUUGCCAUUUGGACUGUUUUGCAUGGGUAAAACGUGAUAGUUAUCUACCACAAGGCAGUCAGGGUCUAAAGGCUGUUACAAAGGCCAAGUUGGGGUAUGAUCCACUGGAGGUCAAUCCAGAGGACAUGGUUCGCUUUGCACUGGAAAGGCCACAGAUGAUGGCUUCUUAUUCUGUUUCUGAUGCUGUUGCGACUUAUUACCUGUAUAUGACUUAUGUACACCCAUUCAUUUUCUCUCUUGCAACUAUCAUUCCAAUGCCACCGGAUGAAGUAUUGCGUAAGGGAAGUGGGACCCUUUGUGAGAUGCUUCUUAUGGUCCAGGCAUACAAGGCAAAUGUCAUCUGCCCAAAUAAACACCAAAUGGAUCCAGAGAAGUUCUACAAUAAUCAACUCAUUGAAAGUGAGACGUACAUAGGUGGUCAUGUGGAAUGCCUAGAAAGUGGUGUUUUUAGAUCUGACCUUCCAACUAGUUUCAAACUAAAUCCAUCUGCUUAUGAGCAACUAAUAAACAAUCUUGAACGAGAUCUCCAGUAUGCCAUAAAAGUAGAGGGGAAGAUGGACCUGGAAAAUGUAACAAACUACAAUGAAGUGAAGGAAGCAAUCACAGAAAAGCUUAUGAAAUUGCGAGAUGAACCCAUACGUGAAGAAAGCCCUCUUAUAUAUCAUCUUGAUGUAGCAGCUAUGUAUCCGAACAUCAUAUUGACUAAUAGGCUUCAGCCGCCAUCAAUAGUUAAUGAUGAGGUAUGCACUGCUUGUGAUUUCAAUCGUCCUGGAAAAAAUUGUCUUCGAAAGCUGGAAUGGGUUUGGCGUGGGGAGACAUACAUGGCAAAGAGAAGUGAUUAUUAUCAUUUAAGGAGGCAGCUUGAGUCUGAGAUUGUCCAAAGAGUAGAUGGCCAAUCACAUAAAUCUUUUCUUGACCUGCCUAAACCAGAGCAACAAGCAAAGCUGAAAGAGCGGUUAAAAAAAUAUUGCCAGAAGGCUUAUAAAAGAGUGCUUAACAAACCAGUCACGGAGCUCCGAGAGGCAGGGAUUUGCAUGCGUGAAAACUCUUUCUACGUUGAUACAGUGCGCAGCUUCCGGGACAGAAGAUAUGAAUACAAAGGACUUAAUAAAGUCUGGAAGGGUAAACUCUCAGAAGCAAAGGCUAGUGGAAAUUCUAUAAAGAUCCAAGAAGCACAGGAUAUGGUUGUCCUUUAUGACUCAUUACAGCUGGCUCACAAAUGUAUUCUGAAUUCAUUCUAUGGUUAUGUCAUGCGCAAGGGAGCGAGGUGGUACUCCAUGGAGAUGGCAGGAGUUGUCACUUAUACCGGAGCAAAAAUAAUCCAAAAUGCAAGAUUACUGGUUGAAAAAAUUGGAAGACCUCUCGAGUUAGACACAGAUGGUAUAUGGUGCGCUUUACCAGGGUCAUUCCCUGAGAAUUAUACCUUCAAGACUAAAGACCCAAAGAAGAAGUUGACAAUCUCAUAUCCUUGUGUUAUGCUUAAUGUUGACGUGGCAAGGAAUAAUACUAAUGAUCAGUACCAGACUCUGGUUGAUCCUGUCAGCAAGACUUACAGAACACACAGUGAAUGUUCAAUUGAAUUUGAAGUGGAUGGACCAUAUAAGGCAAUGAUUAUUCCUGCUUCCAAGGAAGAAGGAAUUUUGAUUAAAAAGCGUUAUGCAGUUUUCAAUGAUGAUGGAACACUUGCAGAGCUAAAAGGUUUUGAGAUCAAGCGUAGAGGUGAGCUAAAGCUCAUCAAAGUUUUCCAGGCUGAGCUCUUCGAUAAGUUUCUUCAUGGAUCCACAUUAGAGGAAUGUUAUUCAGUUGUUGCUUCAAUUGCAAACCGUUGGCUUGAUAUGCUUGAGAACCAAGGGAAAGAUAUUGCCGACAGCGAAUUGCUUGACUAUAUAUCAGAAUCAAGCACAAUGAGCAAGUCUUUAGCUGAUUAUGGUGAACAGAAGUCAUGUGCAGUGACCACAGCAAAACGUCUUGCAGAUUUUCUUGGGGAUGCAAUGGUUAAAGAUAAAGGGUUGCGUUGCCAGUAUAUCGUUGCAUGUGAGCCAAAUGGAACUCCAGUUAGUGAACGGGCUGUUCCUGUUGCAAUUUUCGAAACUAAUGCCGAAAUUAUGAAGUAUUAUAUAAAGAAGUGGUGCAAAAUAUCAUCAGAUGCCGGUAUCCGGUCUAUUAUUGAUUGGUCUUACUAUAAGCAAAGACUUGGUUCAGCAAUCCAAAAGAUAAUUACUAUCCCUGCUGCAAUGCAGAAGGUUUCAAAUCCUGUCCCAAGGGUGGCUCAUCCUGACUGGCUGCAUAAAAAGGUCCGCGAAAAGGAAGACAGAUUUCGCCAAAAAAAAUUGAAUGAUAUAUUUAGUUCAACAAACAAUGAUAACACGUCCAAGAUGAACAUUCAUACUGCUGCAAGUGGGGAAGCUGAGCAGCAUGUUGAAGAUUUAGAGGACUUCAGGCAGAACAGAAAAUCUUCUGGGUUUGCACCUAGGCCGAUUGUUCAUUUUCACGGAGUGGACAAGAAUAAUGAUCUAGUUAGCACUAGUGAUCAAGUAGAUUGUGUACUCAAUGAUUGUGGCAGAGGAGCAAAGGAUAUUGACAAGAAUGUGGAUUACCAAGGAUGGCUGCAAUCAAAGAAGAGAAAAUGGAAGCAGAUGCGUGAAAAUAGAAAACGGCAAAGGCUUGAUAACUCAAAGAUAUUAAACAACCUUAAAGGUGGUGCUGUAGUUCCCGGUGGCAUAGCCAACCACAGACAAUCUCAGGGUAAAACUGGGGUCAGCUCAUAUUUUGAAAGGCAUGGAUUAGCUCUUACACGCUGUCACUGGCAGAUAAUUCAGCUUACACCAAGUUCUCAAUCUGGUCAACUUUUUGCUUGGGUUGUUGUGGAAGGAGUUAUGCAUAAACUUUCCAUCAAUAUCCCUAGAAUAUUUUAUCUCAACUCCAAAGCUUCUAUCACAGAGGAGUUUCCAGGACGACGUGUCAAUAAAGUCCUUCCUCAUGGACGCCGUAGUCACACCUUGAUUGAGGUCAUAAUUGAUGAAGAUCAGUUCAGAGCAGAAAGCAAGAAACUCGCAGCUCACCUUGCUGAUCCAGAAGUGGAGGGGAUCUAUGAAACGAAGGUUCCAUUGGAGUUCAAUGCUGUUGCUCAGAUUGGCUGUGUUUGUAAGGUUGAUAAAGCAGCUAAAAAACGCAAUGCCCUAGAUUGCUGGAGUCUCUCUGAACUGCAAAUGAAGACCACCACUGAGUGCCCAUAUUUGGAGCAGUCGAUCUCUUUCUUCUACUUGUACCAUAGUGUGUCAGAGGGACGAGCUGUUUUUAUUGGAUAUUUUCCUGCGUCUAAAAUGAUUUCUGCUGUGGUGGUUAAUCCUUUUCAAAACAAGGAACUAACACCACAUAUACUUGAAAGGCAGUUCCGUGAGGCUUGCCAAACAUUGUCUACUCCCAAUCCAAUGGAAAAGGAAAGUAUCAGUUUCAAGGUAGAGUAUGUUGGGCACAUCAAGGAUGGUGAAAGGAACCUACAGAGACUGAUUAAUGAGUACAGAAAUCAAUAUCAUGGACCUGCUGUUGCUAUAAUUGAAUGCCCCAAUGUACAGCUAGUUAAGUCUGGUGUACGUGCUUUGGAUGAUUUCCCUUGUUUGACCAUCCCUUGCAAUGCUCGUGAUAGUCAAUAUCAGGCUCUUGGUUGGCAAAUUGUUGCUGCAAAAAUUGGAAUGCAACGAUGUGCAGCAUCAUCUCAGUGGUUGAUUGAGAGGAUUGCUCUCUCAAGAUAUGCUCAUAUUCCAUUAGGGAAUUUCGAAGUUGACUGGCUCAUCCAUACAGCAGACAUCUUCUUUUCUAGAGCUCUCCGUGAUCAACAACAGAUUCUUUGGAUAUCUGAUGACGGCAUCCCGGACUUAGGAGGCACACAUGAAGAAGCAUCAUCUUUCAUGGAUGAGGUCAACCAGCCAGUUCGUAUUUAUCCUGGUGCAUACAGAAAAGUUACUAUUGAGCUUAAGCUUCAUCAUCUGGCGGUCAAUGCUCUCCUGAAAAGCAAUCAAGUUAAUGAAAUGGAAGGAGGCACUUUAUUUGGAUUGGAGCAUGACUUGAAUACCGACACACAUGUAUCUCAUGACCAUUACUAUGUGGAUGAGACUACCUCAAGUGCACCAGCUUUCCGUGUCCUCAAACAAUUGAUCCAAAGGUGUCUUGCAGAUGCAGUUACCUCAGGAAAUGUGUUUGCAGAUGCAAUAUUGCAACAUAUGUACCGAUGGCUCUGCAGCCCCCAAUCUAGACUGCAUGACUCAGCUCUGCACAAUAUGCUUUACAAGGUUAUGCAAAAAGUGUUUGCAUUACUUGUGGCUGAAAUUCGAAAGUUAGGUGCUACAGUCGUAUUUGCUAGCUUCUCAAAGAUUAUAGUUGACACUGGAAAGUCGGAUCUAUCGGCAGCCAAAGCGUAUUGUGAUAAUGUAAUCAAAACUCUGCAGACAAGAGACUUGUUCGAGUGGAUUGAGCUUGAACCUUUGCAGUUCUGGCAUUCCCUACUUUUCAUGGAUCAGCAUAACUAUGGUGGAAUUCUAGCAAAAUUAAACGAUGGUUCAAUAGAUGCCGAUUCAGACCUAAGCUCAGAAAAUGUACGUGGAGAUUCUCAAGUAGACAUUAUAUCGAGCUGGAACAUUGCAGACAAUUUACCCAAGGAAAUACAGGAUCACUUCAUCUUAAUCGUUUCUGAAUUUAUGUAUAUUCCAUGGAAAUAUGCACAAAACGAAGCAGCUCAAGGAGCAUCCACAAACAAUGGAGAUUUAUGUACCCCAUCGAUCACAGCUUCACUCGCCGAAACUCUUGAUUUGCAGAUGGCAGAAGAUUUAAAGAAGAAGAUCCAAACUCACUUCACAGACAAACUCCUGAAAAUCGUCUGUGAUCCCAGUCUUCAGUUGAAGCGCACAUCCCUGCAUGAUGGAGAGAGUUCAAAUGCAAGUUCACUAUUGAGUAGUAAGAAAAGCCAACAGGGGGAUCUGGCGCUAGAGUUCAUUAAGCAUAUCUCUGCUGUUUUGGCACUUGACCUGAAUGUUCAGCAUGAAGUUCUUGUGAUGAAGAGAAAUCUAUUGAAACUGGUACGCGUGAAGGAAUUUGCUCCAGAGGCACAGUUUCGUAAACCUACACCUUCCUUUACCCUUCCAAAUGUCAUCUGCAGCUACUGCAAUGACUGUAGAGACCUUGACUUGUGUCGAGACGGAGAAUUGCCUACUCAGGAGUGGAGAUGUGCUGUACCUCAGUGCGGGCAACCUUACGAUAGGGAAGCAUUAGAAAAUGGUCUUCUUCAGAUUGUGCGGCAGAGGGAAAGGUUGUACCAUCUUCAGGAUCUGGUAUGCCUCAAAUGCAAUCAGGUUAAGGACGCACAUCUGUCAGACCACUGCAAAUGUGCCGGAGCAUUCAGAUGCAAGGAAGACCUCACUGAAUUUUAUCACAAGAUGGAGGUCUUCUACAAUGUUGCUGUCAGUCAAAGGUUUCAACUCCUUCAAGAAUGCACAUCCUGGAUUCUGGAAAUCAGAUUAUAAGUUAUAAGUUCAAAGGUCUUGGGCUCCAUUUGGUAGUCAAAAGUGGUUCAUCUGCAGAACAAGUGGCUUUCUAUUGACUCAAUUGGUUGAAAUGGAUGUUACUGAACAGUUUCACCAAAAAUAGAUGUUUUUAACCAACCCUUACCAAAUGGGCUCUUAGAUUUAGUUCUCUCAUUCAGUCAUUCCUGAGCAGAUGCCAGAAAUGAUGAAUUAUGUAUACGUUGGUCUUACAGGUCAAGUAUACAAAGGCUGUAAUAAUUAUUUAGUCAUAUAAGGCUUAUAAGCUUAUAUGUACAUACUACAUAGAUAGAAUGAGUGAGAAGAAUUUUUGACGUCAUUUUAAUCAACUGUAGCUUCCAGAUUUGAUGAACAUUAUUGUCAGCUUGUCUACAAACUACACUGCACAUUUUAGUGUAAUUUUACAUUUGAGUAUUUUGUAAAUUUUAAAUAAUUCUUUUAAAUCCAACUCCAUGUUUUGUUC